CCUUCCUACUGAGUGGUGGCGUGUCCCUCGCGCCCCAUGACACCCUCACACCGCCUCGCCCAGACGGGACCACCCCGUCGUGUUGGUGUAUUAGUGGCGUAGUGAGUGUUGUUGGCUACAGCUCCAUCACCCCCGUGACGGGAGGCGGAGUGCACAGGGCAGCGACCACGCCACCCUCGCCAGUGUGGCACACAUGUCCACGGGGAAAAUGUGCCAGUGUGUCAGGGGCGGCGGCGGCCUGGCCGGGUCCCGAGCAACCCUCGCCUCAACCACACAACUUACUAGUUGAUUUAUUGAACCGAUAUUAUCCUGCCUCAAGUUUGAGGCAAGUUGACGUAGCUUGAAAUAAGGAACACAUUAUUAUUGUACCUGUUGUUUGUCAGAUUAAAGCCAAGCAGGUGAAGGUUGGAACGGAAACCUCUUGUGUUGUGGAGACCUCUUGUGUUGUGGAGACCUCUUGUUUUGUGGAGACCUUUUGUUUUGUGUUCGUUGUGAUAAGUAUACGAGGAGGCAUAACCGAUCUGUUAGGAACCAGAGGCUUCAGGACUGAGCUGACAGGAACAGGAGGCUUCAGGACUAAGCUGACAGGAACAGGAGGCUUCAGGACCGAACUGACAGGAACAGGAGGCUUCAGGACCGAACUGACAGGAACAGGAAGCUUCAGGACCGAACUGACAGGAAUCAGAAGGCUUCAGGACUGAGUUGACAGGAACAGGAGGCUUCCGGACCGAGCUGUAAGGAACCAGGAAGCUUCCGGACCGAGCUGAGAGUAGAGCAUGCAAGAGGAGACACACUAGCGGGGUCCAGAGCGUCAUGACCACCCCGGCAUGCUGGUUCCUCCAGGCACUGACCGUGUGGUGGGUGUAUGUGAGGUUAGUAUGGGCAGGCUACGACGAAUACAUGACUUGUGGAAGUGGUGGCGAGCGCACUGGCAAACGGUAUCCAUAUUUCCCCGAACUUCCUUGUGACAUUAACAAGAACAGCUGGUGUGAGAGUGCCGGCACCCAGUACCCAUGGAGUGCUGUUCGCCGUUUUGUUUACGAAAACCAAGGUCUAAUGAAACGCAUGUAUGGCAACCAGCGCCACUACAAUGUAUUGAGAUCAGAAUUACUAAAUGAUUUAUACGAAGAAAUGUUCGAUGAGAUGCCGAAGCGACACCACCAGUACCGACACCCAUCACCACCUAGCGCUCGGACAGCCAGGUACCAAAAUCCAUCCCGCUCAAAUACUUUAAACUCCAAAAGCUCCAAGUUAGCUUUAAAGGAAAGAGAUGAGCUCAAUUCCCGGGCAAUGAAAGUGACCAUGGAGCCAGAUUAUGGUGACUUGAAACAGCAAGCACCCACCACUGAAAGAAUAAAGCCCAAUUCAAAAUUUUCAAAAGCACAGACAAAAGGGACUUCUUCAGGAGCAAACAACAGAAUGAAUGGUUCAGCAACUAGGACUCCAACUACUACAGCAAAGACCACCAGAACAACCAUCGGACAGACUCCUACCUCUGGGGAAACAAGUGACCCUUCAACUACAGUUACAGAAGAGGCUUUAACCACUUCAAAUAGUCAAUGGGUUGAAGAAACGGUGGACACAGUAGCUUUGCCUACAAGAGAAUACCUGUCAGUGGUUGAAGAAGAAACUCAACCCACUGUCCUUCCUUCUGAGCCCAGGGAAGUUGAUCCAUUUGAAGUGGACAUGUGGACAACACUUGUGGAUUCAUCUACAGAUGCUGCCGACUCGUCUUACUCCACCCCUUACAGCAACUCUGGGUCGUCAGAGACGUACAGCAGCUAUACAUCUGUAACUGUACCUGAGACAUCUACCUUAGAACCCUCAACCUCACGUUCAGACUUGCUGUUUGAUAACCUGGAAAGUGAUGAUGGCCAGUUUAGUGAGGGAUUCAUAUCCACUCCACUGGACCAGGAUGAUUUGACAACACUUACACUUAGUGAUAGGGUUGUCCAGGAUAUGAAGAGUAACAACAAAGAAGCUGAUUUCACAAAAGAUGAGAUUGACCUUGGAAUUGAGGCAGCACUCUGUGAAGAUGUCGGUGGAAAACAUACUGAAGAAGCAGCAAGUAUGUUGGAUAAAGGAGCAGUGGUUACAGAAAGUGGAAAUUUAAAGGUUGAAGUGCGUGAACAGGUCGUUGAUGAGUUGACGGUUGAAGGGAAUGUAAGAGAAGAGGUCAAGACUGAACCACCAUCAGAGCCUUUCAAGAUGAAGAGGCCAAUUCGUGGAAUAAAUGCUUGUCCUGUUAAAGAAGAGUUUGUCGCACCAUACUGGGCCAACAACACUCGUGGCGAGACUCUUGCCUUACUCAACCUGUACCCUUUUGAGCAAUAUGUCCAGUGGGAGCGCUGCAUGUAUGAGCACCGUCAGAUGUACUGCCGUGCCGGGUGUCGGUGUGAGCAGCAGUAUCGCCUUCACAAAUUGCUGGCAUUUGACCCCACCAAUGAAUGCCGUGGAAUAUUCAGUGAUUGGUUCCGGUUCCCCUCGUGCUGUGUGUGCAAGUGUUAUGAUCUCCCUCAGGAUCUGUUUACCAUGCCUAAACAAAGACGACCACGACUCAAUCAGGAGGAGGAGGAUAAAGAAUAUGAAGAUUACUUCGAGGAUGAAUCAGAAGAAGUAGAAGCUGAAUUUGGAGAAGAACGCAGACAGCUUCCCAUCAGACCAGGUCCACCAUUGGCCAAUAUACCCCCUCAGCGUCGUCCACGCCUUCCCCCUCGGCCACACUCGCACGUGUCUGCACCAAGUCUGGGUCUUGUUCCUCCACCACCAUCACCACGACCACCACCACGAUCACCACCACCACAAUCACCACCAUCAUCCCCAAAUACCUUGCCUUCACCUUCUAUUUCUCUGGGCCACUGGAGUCCUACAGAAUCACCUGAAUUAUCUACUUUAGGCACUGUAGACAUUGCAACACCCCACUACUAUUUCAAUAUUUCAAAUUAUGCCCGCAUCCUGUUUUCAAAGGGUCACCCGCUACCUCUCUCACGGUUACCAAGGAGUCCUGAGGAAUAAAGUUAUGGAUUAUCAAAGAUCUUUACAUAUAACGAGUGAACUAAGUAUAUUAUAGCAGUGUUGCUCCUACUUUUGAUUUGUAGUUAAAUAUGGCAGAAAUCAAGCAAAUAUAACUAUGUACUAUAAUAGUGAUGCUGGACAUUGGCAGCUGAAGUUUGCUCAUAAGUUUAUCAGUAGGCAGUGUGUCCACUGCCUACUGAUAAUUGUAUUACAAUGCAGUAAUUCUCUAUUGCCAUAAUAAUUUAGGAAAAUUGAGUACAUUGAUGUUUUGUUCUAUGUCUGCUGGGAAGAUCAUACAGUAUAUAUUUUUAUAUAUUCAAGUAAAGUAUUUAAUUAUUUGUAUUUAUUGACAUAAGUUAAUGGAGCUGGUAUCCAUCAAUAUUUUUAUAGAAUGUAUAAAGUUGUAUUUAUCUAGACUAGUGUAUUGGAGGAGUAAUGAUGUAGUUGAUUUAUUAACUUGUAUGACAAGCAGUACUAAAUAUGAAGCUACAUGUAUGAAAUCAAAGUUUUAUAAACUUAACAAAAAUUGUGUACUAC